UCAUAAAUUCUACAAGUUAUUGCUAUGGGCUUGGUAUUACCUGCAAUGAUGCUGGAAGUGUCACUGUGAUUUAUCCACCCUCAAACUUGAACAUAUCAGAUAAGUUUCAGAAUUAAACUUUUCUUGCUUCCCAAACCUUAUUCGUCUUGAUGUCACAGGCCAUCAGAUUUUUGAAUCCCACCUCAACUUGGAGCUCUUUCAAAAUUAAGGGUACUUGAACUGGCCGGCAAUAACAUUUAUGGUGCCAUCCCCCCUGAAAUUGGGAACAUAAGUAGCCUUCAAUAUUUAUACGUGGAUUACAAUUUUCUCAACGGCUCAAUUCCUUCUACUCUAGGCCAUUUAUCCGAUAUGAGAACUCUAUUCCUUAGAGGGAAUUAUUUUUAUGGGUCUAUUCCACAGGAAUUGGGGCAGCUAAAAAAUUUGGUUACUCUUGAUUUGUCUUUUAACAUGCUCACCGGCUCAAUUCCAUUUACUCAAGGUGAUUUACCUUAUUUGAGAUCUCUAGAUCUAGGCCACAAUAAUCUUUCCGGCCCAAUUCCUUUUACUCGAGGUGAUUUACCUUAUUUGACAUCUCUAGAUCUAAGCCACAAUAAUCUUACCGGCCCCAUUCCCUGCAACUUCAGUAGAUCCUUUUCCAUUGAUAGUUUUGCUGGAAACAAGGGCUUAUACAUCGACGAAAUAAACAGUGUUUGCUUUUUUUCACCCACAGCAAGCAUUAGCUCUGCAAGCUCAAAAAAGCGGACGCACUAUUCAGAGAUCUUUCUUCCCAUCACCUUGUUUCUUUCCUUCUUGAUUCUUGGAUCAUUAUUCCUCUAUCGUUGGCACAAGAUCAAAAAUUCACAACCUAAGGCAAAAGAAUCAAAAAAUGGAGACAUAUUCUCAGUGUGGAACUAUGAUGGAAGAAUUGCCUUUGAGGAUGUCAUUGAAGCAACUGAGAAUUUUGACUUUAGAUACUGCAUUGGAACUGGUGGCUAUGGUAGUGUUUACAAGGCACAACUUCCUAGUGGCAGGUUAAUUGCCUUGAAGAAACUCCAUAAAAUGGAAGCAGAGGAGCCAAGUUUUGACAAAUGUUUCAAUAAUGAGGUGAAAUUGUUAACAGAAAUUCGUCACAAGAACAUUGUCAAGCUGUAUGGUUUCUGUUUACAUCACAGAGCAAUGUUCUUGAUUUAUGAGUACAAAGAAAAGGGAAGUUUAUUCUGUGUCCUAAGAAAUGAUGAUGAAGCUGUGGAAUUGGAUUGGAAGAAAAGGGUGAACAUUAUCAAAGGAAUGGCACAUGCUUUAUCAUACUUGCAUCAUGAUUGUAGCCCACCAAUUAUUCAUAGAGACAUAUCAAGCAACAACAUUUUGUUGAACCCUGAUUGGGAGGGUAUUGUAUCUGAUUUUGGAACAGCAAGAUUUCUUUAUCCUGAUUCAUCCAAUCAAACUCUACUUGCUGGCACUCAUGGAUAUAUUGCUCCAGAACUUGCAUAUACUAUGGUCGUGAAUGAAAGCUGUGAUGUAUAUAGCUUUGGAGUGGUGGCACUGGAAAUAGUUAUGGGAAAGCAUCCUGGAGAACUUCUUUCUUCAUUACUGUCAUCACCAUCGAAUCCACACAUAAUGUUGAAAGAUGUGUUAGAUUCACGUUUCCUUCCUCCCAGCAAUCAAGUGGUUGCUCAAAGUGUGAUCCUUGUGGUCACAUUAGCCUUGGCAUGCUUGCGAUCCAACCCAAAAUCUAGACCAACAAUGCAGCAAGUAUGUAGAGAGUUUCUUGUUCACAAGCCAGGUCCAUUGCCUCAACCUCUUCAGGAAAUACCUCUAUGUCAUCUGAUGAAUCAAGACAACUGUGUGGUGGAGAAAAAUUAGCUAGGAAAAGGUUAUUAUCAAGUUUGCAAGGUGCAGCUGGGAUUACAAGAAAACAAUGGCGUGAAGAAAUUGUUCAAAUGGCCAUUUAAUCUUGUAAAAAUCGUUUUGUGUUGUUUAGCAUUUGCUUCUGCUUAAAAGAACAAUAAAUAUAAAUAAGAUUGUGCAAUGACUUUAGUAA